AACAAGAUUAGAUUUGCCCUACCAACAGUAGGCUUGGCGAAAGCUUUUAAUCCGCAAGCGACAUCUCUCUCAGGGAAAAAUACAGAGAAAUAAAAGUAGAGAUGUUAGACUGGCCUUUCUGUGUAGGCCUUAUUAUUCGUCCGUCAUUCAAAACUGGAUGGCAAGUCAUCUUCGGGACAAAGAAAUAAGAAUAAUAGUUUAUAUGGACGUCUUCCUGAUAGCUCACCAAAAUCGGAAACUUCUGGAAGCGCAAACCCAGAUCUCAAUUUCGUUCCUAGAGGACUUAGAAUGGGUAAUCAACUACGAGAAACCUUCACUGGUUUCAAAGACAAGAUGCGAGUUUCUGGGCUUAGUUUGGGAUACACUGGAAGAUCGGGUGUCCUUACCGUCCCGCAAGAAAAAAUCCCUAGAAAAUCAUCUCUCGAAAUUACUAACUCUAAAGAGGUAUGAUUGGAUAACUGCCAUAGAAUUUUAGGAAAAUUAAAUUUUGCGGCAUUCGCAGUAGCACUCGGCAGGCUUCACUCCAGA